AUCGGCAACAGCGAGCAACUUGUCCAAACGGCUGCUGAUUUAUGUCCUCUUUUGAUUUAGCAAAACGCUGUUGUUCUCCAAACAAAUUAUAACAUAAAAUAAACACAUUAUAAUAUUAUAACACAGACGUCAACCAUAAAAUUAAACUUAAGACGCAGCCGUUUGUUUUUAUGAUAACUGUUAUGUCGUAAAUCGUCCGUUCGACAUAAUCGUCCGACUGGAAACAAGCACUGUGUGUUGUUGUGAAGGAGCUCGUCUACCUGUAACUUCAGUCGUGAGCUAGAUCUGCACAUUUGGACCGCCAGUCGUUGAAACUGUGGAUUUGUUUGUUUACUUGCAAAUGGACGGUGCACCCUGCCUUCGUGUGUCGCAGUGUCAUGCUCAGCAGUUCAGGAAAUGUCUACAGUCCCAAGGUGCUCUGGACCAAAGUUUGUGUUUACUGAAAGAGUCAGAUGGGACUGUCCUUCUGCCCAUCUUACAAUCUUAUUUAUCACAACUUGAUCUGCAGUUUUUCAGAGCGAUGGUGGCUUCAGAGAGUACCUGUGAAAUAGUUUGGAGUCAGGCUUCUCUUCAGUCAAAGAAGGAGAGAGGUAGAACGAGUGGUAAUAAACUAGAGAAAAUCCUCCAGCAGCUGUUGGAGUCUAAUGGAGAAAGAUGGACGGAGGAGCUAAGGGGGGAUAUUCCUCGCAACUUCCAGCGGCAUGGAGACUUAGUCCUGCUGGGAGACAACUGUUUCUCCCUGCCACUGUGGAAGAAAAUGAAUCAACAGUUAUGGAGUGCGGUAGCCAGAGGUCUGGGAGCAAAACGUCUGGCAAGAAUGAGUCGAAUAUCCAGGGACGGAUUUAGAUCUCCCGUAGUGACGAUGCUGUUAGGAGAGCACAGCUGGGUCAAACAUGUGGACAAUGGGAUUAGUUAUGAGUUUGAUGUUACCAAAUGCAUGUUCUCAGCCGGAAACAUAACAGAAAAGCUCCGAGUAGCUGGAUUUGACUGCAGAGGAGAGACUGUGGUUGAUUUAUUUGCAGGUAUUGGAUACUUCACUCUCCCAUAUCUGGUACACGCGGGGGCCUCACAUGUUCACGCCUGCGAGUGGAACCCAGACGCAGUCGAAGCUCUACAGAAAAACCUUGCGGCCAACGGGGUGUUUGACCGCUGCACAAUUCACCAAGGAGACAAUCGACAACUCCAGCUGUGUGAUGUUGCUGACCAGGUGAACCUGGGCCUCAUACCGAGCUCUGAGGACAGCUGGCCCGUCGCCUGUCGCCUGCUGAAGAAAACAACUGGUGGCAUUUUACACAUUCACCAAAAUGUUACGUCACCGUUACCGAACACUGCAGCUAUUCCGGAAAUCAAUGACGCCACCCAGAGGGUUUCCGGGAAGAAAGCUGACAGAGAGGUGUGGCAUGCCUGGGCUGAUGACACAGCAAACCGCAUCACCUGUCUGUUAAAGGACAUCACCGGCAAAUCGUGGAUAACAAACAUCCGGCACAUUGAGCAUGUUAAGUCAUAUGCACCUCGUAUUCACCAUGUUGUGCUGGACUUGGAGUGCAGACCAUCCUGAACUUGAGAGAUAAACACAGAUACUGGGUCCAAAAUUUUAAUAUAUUGCUUCAUUCUAGAGUAAAAACAGUCAACUAUGUGGUCACAGCUCACCACCUGGUUUCUAUGAUUAUUGCCGCCUCUCUGGGUGUCAUUUUUGCAGUCGGUGAAAUCAUCUGCUGCUGUGUUUUUACAGACCUUUAUUUAUCCAGGGAAGGUUCGCCGAGUACAAAUGCUGUUUUUUUUAGAAACGCCUUCCUCACACUCAAACAGUUAUAAUCACAUCUGAAAGCUGCCAAGUCGUACCACAAUCACAGCCUUAUCUGUUGUUGGCUACUGGUCAGCUCAACUGGAGCAGCUGAGGAGGGUUAAGUGAAGGGGUUAAGUGCCUUGCUCAAGGGCAUCUCAUGUGUAAUAUAAACCUGUAGAAUGAAGUUUACUGACUACCACUGCUUCUUGACUCUCACAUCAGCAUGUUUUAAUUUACAAAAACACUCAAACUAAUUUAACUCCCAUAUUAUGACUUGUUAAACAAUAGUAUUCUUGUAUUUGGCAUGAUUUUAAUGGUAAACCUCUUCAAAAAUUUUGUACAAGACAUGGACAUUAUAUAAACAUACUUCACCACUCUGA